AUGUACGGCGGCCUCUUUAGGAAGCGGUCACGUGACGCUGAUGCGCCUGCACAGGAGAACGCAUCGAGCAGUCGUGAAGGUGCGUCCGGCAAGCCUGAUAGUCUCGCGUUCCCCACGCCGUCUCUCCGCACCGUGUACCACUAUCCCUCGUAUCUACCCUUCCCAACCGUGAUGGAUGCCAACUUUCCCGCCGAGCCAUACUGCUCUCGUAGCCAAGACGUAAAGGCGGCUAUUCACUGGGGUCAGCGGAAGCUUCUACUUUCUGAGAUUCAGCUCCUCUCUUUGUAUGCUCGACCGAAUACAACCUAUCACAUUAUAUAUGCCGGCUCGGCCCCCUGGCACUCAUCUGGCUUUCCUUGA